AUGAGCAGCAUCACUGAGGAGCGGGAGGAGCUGCCCCCCGCCGCACUACCAUUAGCAGCAGCAGCAGCAGCAGGAGCAGCAGCAGCACCCGCAGCAGAACCACCAGCAGCAGCAGCAGCAGCAGCAGCAACGGGUCUGUCUUCAUCGCCAUCAGCAUCAGGCGAGGAAGCAGGCGGUACUGUCAGAGGCCUGCAGCAGCAGCAGCAGCAGCAGCAGCAGCAGCAGCAGCAACAGCAGCAGCAGCAGCAGCAGCAGAAGCGGUAUGAGCAGGACGAUGAAAUAGCGACAGCAAUGUGA